GGAAAACAUGUCUCACCCGAAACCUGGUGAGGCAGGACGGGCGCGCCUCGGGAGGAGGCCCAAGGCUGACUCGCUCCUGUGGAACAUCACCCACCUCCUCCUGGGCACCGAAGGCUUCUCAUGACCACUGGCUACCUCCCACCCCGCCCCAGGGCCUCAUGGGAGGUGGUGUUCCCUGUGCCACCUUCUGCAGGGGUGAAAAGGAUCAGGCAAGACCCCCAAGGCCUGAAGGCCCUUUCUUGUCCUGCCAGAGGAGGGCAGAGGCCCAGUAAGGAGGGCAUGUCUCCUGGAAAGAGGCACUUGCAAGAAAUAAGAAUGUCUAAGCCCCUGGAGGCCGAGAAGCAAGGUCUGGACUCCCCGGCAGAGCACACAGACACUGAAAGAAAUGGACCAGACACUAACCAUCAGAACCCCCAGAAUAAGACCUCCCCGUUCUCCGUGUCCCCAACUGGCCCCGGCACCAAGAUCAAGGCUGAAGACCCCAGUGGCGACUCAGCCCCAGCAGCACCCCCGCCCCCACAGCCGGCUCAGCCGCAUCUGCCCCAGGCCCAACUCAUGCUGACAGGCAGCCAGCUAGCUGGGCUCACGGCACUGAUGCCGGCCCAGCAGCAGCUCCUCCUGCAGCAAGCCCAGGCCCAGCUCCUGGCCGCCGCCGUGCAGCAGUCCAGUGCCGCAGCAGCCGCCGCCGCCGCCUCCUCCACCUCCUCCUCCUCUUCCUCCUCCUCCUCCUCUGCCUCCUCCUCGACCUCGCAGCCCCCUGCCUCCUCUGGGGGAGGCGACCUGCCGCCACCACAGCCUGCCAGCCAGCCCCCCGGGACCCCACAGCUCACCCUGUCCCAGCCCAUCCAGCUCACAGCACAGGACAUACAGCAGCUCCUCCAGCUCCAGCAGCUAGUGCUUGUGCCGGGUCACCACCUCCAGCCGCCCGCUCAGUUCCUGCUGCCACAGGCCCAGCAGAGUCAGCCAGGCCUGCUACCGACGCCAAAUCUCUUCCAGCUACCUCAGCAAACCCAGGGAGCUCUUCUGACCUCCCAGCCCCGGGCCGGGCUGCCCACACAGGCCGUGACCCGCCCCACGCUGCCCGACCCGCACCUCUCGCACCCGCAGCCCCCCAAAUGCUUGGAGCCACCAUCCCACCCCGAGGAGCCCAGUGACCUGGAGGAGCUGGAGCAGUUCGCCCGCACCUUCAAGCAACGCCGCAUCAAGCUGGGCUUCACGCAGGGUGACGUGGGCCUGGCCAUGGGCAAGCUCUACGGCAACGACUUCAGCCAGACGACCAUCUCCCGUUUCGAGGCCCUCAACCUGAGCUUCAAGAACAUGUGCAAACUCAAGCCUCUCCUGGAGAAGUGGCUCAACGACGCAGAGACUAUGUCUGUGGACUCAAGUCUGCCCAGCCCCAACCAGCUGAGCAGCCCCAGCCUGGGUUUCGACGGGCUCCCUGGCCGGAGACGCAAGAAGAGGACCAGCAUUGAGACAAACGUCCGCUUCGCCUUAGAAAAGAGUUUUCUAGCGAACCAGAAGCCUACCUCAGAGGAGAUCCUGCUGAUCGCGGAGCAGCUGCACAUGGAGAAGGAAGUCAUCCGCGUCUGGUUCUGCAACCGGCGCCAGAAGGAAAAACGCAUCAACCCCUGCAGCGCAGCCCCCAUGUUGCCCAGCCCGGGGAAGCCGGCCAGCUACAGCCCCCAUCUGGUCACACCCCAAGGGGGCGCCGGGACCUUGCCAUUGUCCCAAGCUUCCAGCAGUCUGAGCACAACAGUUACUACCUUAUCCUCAGCUGUGGGGACGCUCCACCCCAGCCGGACAGCCGGAGGGGGUGGGGGCGGGGGCGGGGCCGCGCCCCCCCUCAAUUCCAUCCCCUCUGUCACUCCCCCACCCCCGGCCACCACCAACAGCACAAAUCCCAGCCCUCAAGGCAGCCACUCGGCUAUCGGGUUGUCGGGCCUGAACCCCAGCACGGGAAGCACAAUGGUGGGGUUGAGCUCCGGGCUGAGUCCAGCCCUCAUGAGCAACAACCCUUUGGCCACUAUCCAAGCCCUGGCCUCUGGUGGAACCCUGCCCCUUACCAGCCUUGACGGCAGUGGGAACCUGGUGCUGGGGGCGGCCGGCGCGGCCCCGGGGAGCCCCGGCCUGGUGACCUCGCCGCUCUUCUUGAACCACGCUGGGCUGCCCCUGCUCAGCGCCCCGCCUGGCGUGGGCCUGGUCUCGGCAGCGGCUGCGGCAGUGGCGGCCUCCAUCUCCAGCAAGUCUCCGGGCCUCUCCUCGUCCUCCUCCUCGUCCUCCUCCUCGUCCUCCACCUGCAGUGAGGCGGCAGCACAGACCCCUGGAGGCUCCGGGGGGCCCGAGGCAGGGUCCAAGCCCGAGUGAGGGCCCACCUUGCCUCCCCUCCUACUCCUCUGACCCCCACCUCGGCCCCCCACCGCCUGGGAAGAGGGCGAGGAGGCCAGCGGUGGUGGCGCAGAGGGUCCUCGGAGCAGGAGUGACAAGGGAGAAAAGACCAAAAAAAGAAAAAACCAACAAAAAACAAAAAAACCCAACUAACCAAAAAAACCAAACCAAAA